AUGUGUGUACACGUCUCGGUACCUGUGCCCACCUCCAGGUCUCAGUUUGCACUGAAGUUCCUGGACCCCUCCUUCGUGCCCAUCACCAACUCCCUGGGCCAAGAGCUGCAGGACAAGCCUUCCAAGUGGGUGUUCAACCGGAGCGCCUUCGCCCACCAGAGGCAAGAAAUCCUUCAGCAUGUCGAUGUCAUCAAGAACUUUUCUCUGACCAAGAGCAGCGUUCGGAUCGGGCAGCUGAUGCACUACGACUAUUCCAGUCAUAAGUACGUUUUCUCCAUCAGCAACAACUUCAGGUCUCUGCUUCCUGACGUGUCUCCCAUCCUGAACAAGCACUACAACAUCUGUGCCGUGGUGGGCAACAGCGGGAUCCUGACCGGGAGCCAGUGUGGGCAGGAAAUUGAUAAAUCGGAUUUUGUCUUUCGGUGCAAUUUUGCUCCAACUGAGGCUUUCCAGAAAGAUGUUGGAAAGAAAACCAACCUUACCACCUUCAACCCCAGCAUCCUGGAGAAGUAUUACAACAACCUCUUGACCAUUCAGGAUCGCAACAACUUCUUUUUAAGUUUGAAAAAGCUCGAUGGGGCCAUUCUUUGGAUCCCCGCUUUUUUUUUCCACACCUCAGCGACAGUCACGAGAACACUGGUUGAUUUCUUUGUUGAGCACAGAGGGCAGCUGAAGGUCCAGUUGGCAUGGCCAGGAAAUAUCAUGCAGCACGUUAACAGGUACUGGAGGAACAAGCACCUGUCCCCGAAGAGGCUGAGCACAGGGAUCCUCAUGUACACCCUGGCCUCGGCCAUAUGUGACGAGAUCCACCUGUACGGAUUCUGGCCCUUCGGCUUCGACCCCAACACGCGGGAGGACCUCCCGUACCACUACUACGACAAGAAGGGAACCAAGUUCACCACCAAGUGGCAGGAGUCCCACCAGCUGCCUGCAGAGUUCCAGCUGCUCUACAGGAUGCACGGUGAAGGACUGGCCAAACUCACCUUGUCGCAUUGUGCCUAAGAACCUAAAUCUCAAAGUGCCAAACAAUUGUCUAAAAAAAGUGCCCAAAACCAAAUUAUACAUUCUUCAGAUAGAAUUCUAAAAAAGGAAACAAACCCACCCUAAAAUCUUUUCCAUAAUUUAAAGAUGCUUUUUAGCUACUGCUCAUCCAAGGGUUUCAGCAUAUUUAGCAGUGCAGAAGCUUUUAUCAUAUCCUGUGGAUGCGAUUUGUGCAGCUGCAAUGUUGAAACAUUUUGCAUUUCUAGAUAAGCCACUCAGUAUGUUUAAAUACCUGUUCAUAUUUUAGCGUUCUACUAAAUGCCCUAAAUCUCUUCAUUUUGUUGUUCCUUCCCAUUGGGCCUAGAAAUGCUACUUUUAAAAGGUUUUGCUUCUUUUGUAUCUGUUGCUGUCCAUAGCUCAGCGUUGCCAUGGCCAAUGGAGGAGUCCACGCUGAAUUCCAGUGCAUCGUCCCACACCAGUUCCUCAGUGUGGAUCCUCAUUUCCACUGCUUGGGUAUUUUCGUAUUUACUGAAUUUUACCUUUUUUUAAGAAUAACAAGAAGAAGCUCACAAAGUGGCUCAUACCUUACUUAGCUAGGUGUUUAUAUCACUCUUGGAAUACUUCAGUGUUUUAACUCCAUUCAGGACAGAUCCUAGUCCAGACCAGACAGGAGGAAGCAUGUUCAUUCCCAUCCAUCUGAUACUAUUGUGUCAUUUGAUUUCAAAGUUAAACCAACACAAUAAAAGGAAUUUGGCUUCUCUGGAGACAUAUUGGGUGAGAAAAGACACAAACUCCGUCCUCCCUCUGCUUGGGCAGAGACUGGCAUGAUGGGCAAAAAUGCA